AUGGCAUUCUUUGGCACUUCCAAAUCUGAAGAGGAGGCCUUGAGAGCGGCUGCCCAGCUGAGUGGUCUACAAAGAGGUGAAUCAGCCUCCUCAUUGCACCGCCUGGCAUCCUCCAAUUAUGAAACUGCUUCGGAAUUCACAAACGACGAUGUUCUGUAUGAACCACAGACCCCUGAUGACAAUUUCGACCGCUAUUCUGAGGCCAUUGUUAACGACAGUCACAAUCACGAGCACAGACCCUCCACUGCACAGGGAACUGAUGUUGAUGAGGAGGAAGAUGACCACGUCAAGCCGUUCCAAGUCCACACCAACGACUUUCCUGACUAUCUGAACAUGACUGAGAACGAGCUUAACCGAAUUGCAACCACAUCAGACACACUUUCCAACUUAGAGAGAGAAGUCUCGCAUCAGUCCAUGACUAAACUUGUGGAUCCUAGAAGUUUAGACUGGGAUGGCCCUGACGAUAAGGCCAACCCCCAAAAUUGGCCAACAUGGAAGAAAUGGUUUAUAACCUUGACAGUUGCAUGCGACUGUCUUUGUGUGUCAUUGGGCUCAUCCCUUUACGUUGCUUCCGUGCCAGAAUUGCAAAUUAGGAUGAACAUCAGUCAGACUCUUGGUAUUGCUGGUUUGACAUUUUACUUGCUAGGCUUAGCGUUUGGCCCUGUUAUCGCUUCUCCCAUCUCGGAGGUCAUUGGUCGUCGUUACAUCUACAUUUCCUCUUUGGCCAUUUUCAUGCUCUUCACUAUGGGUGUGGGUUUAGCUCCAAACAUCAGAACUAUUCUUGUCUUGAGAUUCUUUGCUGGCUACUUCGGCUCUCCGCCAAUGGCAAUUGCAGGUGGAAGCAUUUCUGACUUGUGGGGAAAUUCUCCUGCUCAGCAAUCGAUUGCAAUGGCCUUCUUCUGUGUGGCAGCCUUUUUGGGUCCCGUCGUGGGUCCAAUUGUCGGUGGCUUUGCUGCUGAGCACAAGGGUUGGCAAUGGACACAGUGGGUGUCCUUGAUGUUUUCUGGUGCCAUUCUUCCCCUUAUUACACUCUGCCCAGAAACCCAGAAGUUUACUAUUCUCAAGAAGAGAGCUAUCAAAAGAGGGAUAAAGUUGGAUAUUCCCAAGAUUAAUAUGGACUUCGUUAAGUUCGCUUUGAAAGUCUUCCUUUUCACUCCAGCCGAGAUGUUAGUCGUUGAGCCAAUUGUCUGCUUAACCUCGAUUUACAUUGCUUUCGUUUUUGCUGUUUUGUUUGGUUUCUUCGAAGCAUUUCCAAUUAUUUUUAAAGGAGUCUACGGUAUGGGUACGGGUGUUUCUGGUUUACCAUUUAUUGGCGUUGGUGUUGGCUUGGUCGGUGGUGUUGCCGGCUACGUCGUUUUAGAUCAUCUUAAAUUCUUCCCCAAAAAUCCGGACGGAACGAGAGGCAAGUUUAACGAAGAAGGUAACCCUGUGUGGGACGCCCCCGAAACGAGAUUGCUAGUUGCCGAGGUUGGUUCUGUGUUCUUGCCGAUCGCAUUGUUUUGGUUGGCAUGGACUGCAAGAUCGGACGUUCACUGGAUUGCUCCUGCUCUCGCAGGUGUUCCAUUCGGUUUCGGCUUAAUCUGGGUGUUCUUUGGUAUCGUGCUUUAUUACUCGAUGACCUUCCCUCCACAAUACGUGGCUUCAGCGUUAGCCGCCAAUAACUUGUUGCGUUACGUUUUGGCCUCGGUUUUCCCAUUAUUCAUCUUCCAGAUGUACGAGAAGUUACAUGUCGACUGGGCUACUUCUCUUUUUGCGUUCAUCGCAGUCGCAAUGAUCCCUAUUCCAUUUGCUUUCCACAAAUGGGGCUCCACUAUCAGACAAAAGUCGAAAUAUGGCUAUGCGGCUCACUUCAAGAGACUCGCAGAGGAGAAAAAGGCCAAUCAAGAGAAAGUCGCGAACGAGGGUACCUCAAAGGAGCCGGAGAAGAUCGAGCCCUCUUCUGGAAGCGAUGACAAUCAGGACAUAGGAUCGUCACCUUACAAUCAACACAACAGAACCGAAAAUGACGCUGAAAAGCGUGUUGCGGAAGCGGUAUGA